AUGUCACUUUGGGGUCGCAAGGAAGACCACAAAUCUACGGGGCCACCCCACACCCAAAAUGGGGAAGGUCAACAUGUGCCAGAGCAAAGAUUUGAAGAACCCACUGAGCGAUCAAGACUGCUUCCUGCAGAUAGGAAUCAGGGGUUCUUAAGCCCAGAUGAUCCUGCAGUAUCGCCCUACAAUCUAUGGAGUGUGCGCGCGGUGCGCGGUGUGUCAGUCAUCGCAUUGGCACUGAGCUUCAUAUGGUGGACAUUCCUGCUAGUCUCCAUAUUCGUCAGUCCACCAAUGAUCCACCCACGGGGGUCGGGUUUCCUUGCAUUUUCAUAUACCACCUUGGCGACAGGAUACCUCGUCCUUGGACUAUUGUUCUUUGCCGUGCCAUCCAAGCCUAUGACUAUAUCGGCCAUUACGCUUGCCGUUCUGCUUUUAGUGGAUAUGUGUAUUAUCCUCGCUGUGCCGCGGAUCCGCCUUGAAGAGGGCUGGGUGGGAAUUGCUUCUGUCGUUUGGGUAGCUCUGAUCUCCAUUUACCAAGCCAUUCAAAACCGAGCAGUUGCUUGGGGUAAGCGGGAGGAAGAAGAGCGUCUUACUGGCCGAGAAGAGACCCGGCGCUCCCUGCUGGAGUGGAUUGCUAUUCUCGCUGAAACGAUAUUACUGGCUGUCAUGGCGAUUGCGGCUGUUCUGUUCACGGCGACUCUAAUCUUGCGUGCUUUCGAUGCUGGGCUCGAAGCUCCAGGCGAGCGAUACUUGGUGCAUGGGGAUACCUAUCAAGUUCACCUCGCUUGUGUUGGGAACAAGACUGCAGACAGCAAUGCACCAACAAUUCUUCUGGAGGGUGGAAGUGCCCCAGUCAAACAUACACUGCAACCAUUUAUCGACGAUGUAUACGGCCGUGGCGGUAUCAACAGAUACUGUUACUGGGACCGACCAGGCUUCGGAUGGUCCGACAACGCACCCUCGCCGCAUUCCGCGGGCAUGUCGGCGGACGUCCUAUCAGAGGCCUUGGCUCUUGCAGGGGAGACAGGUCCAUGGAUAGUUGUUUCCGCAGGAGUUGGAAGUCUCUAUUCAAGGCUGUUUGCUAGUCGCAAUCUUCUCGAAGUUCGCGGCAUAUUCAUGAUCGAUCCCCUCCACGAGACAUACCUGGGAGACAUUGGGCGACCCGGUCGUGGGUUUUUGCUUUGGCUUCGUGGUAUCAUUUCUCCGCUGGGAUUGGAUCGACUUGCAGGCGCCAUCUUACGCGGCCGUUCUCGUCAGGACCGCGUUAUUGGACGUGCUGCUAACCAGUCUGGGAAAUACAUCAAAGCAAAGUUACAGGAAAGCCUCGUGGCCGUUACCAUGACUGCUGCUGAGAUGCAGUCUUCUCGCCAUAUCCAGAUGGGUCAUGCUCCUGUAGUCGUCGUGAGCUCUGGUCAAGAAGUUCGAAAGAAUUCACAGUGGGCAGCGCGACAGGAGGAUUUGUCCCAUCUUACAAACAACCUUUUGUCUUGGGAUAUUGCUGAUGAUGCACCCCAUGAAGUAUGGACUACCGGACAAGGGCGGGAGGUAUUGGAAAGGCGCUUGAAGGAGCUUGUCCAAAAAAGUCAAGGCGCAUGA